AUGGUGACGGUGAUGCUGAUGGUGAUGGCGAUGGCGAUGGUGAUGUUGAUGCUGAUACUGAUACUGAUGGUGAUGGCACUUUCUACCUUAAUAUGCCAUCACUGUGGCAUGGAUAUGCCAUCCGAAAAUGUGCUGUUAGCAUAUUUUGCAGAAAGAUCCAAGAAGGUGAAGCCUUCCACAUUAUGGGCAGUAUAUUCUAUGCUAAAAUCAACACUUAAUGCUAAGGAAAACGUAGAUAUUAAAAAAUUUACCAAGUUGGUUCCAUAUUUGAAAAAAUUGUCAGUUGGACACAACCCUAAGAAAUCCAAGGUAUUAACUCGAGAAGAAGUAAAUCAAUUCAUAAGAGAGGCAGAUGAUGAAAUAUAUUUGAUGGCUAAGGUCGUUUUAAUAUUGGGUAUUUCUGGUGCUUGCCGCCGUGAAGAACUCACUAAAAUGAGUGUCGAUGACAUAGAAGAUAAAGGUUCCAUCUUGAUUGUGAAAGUACCGGAUACAAAAACGAACAUACAACGAAUUUUUACGGUUUCGAAUCUAGAUUAUAUCGAUAUUUACCGAAAAUACGUGGCUCUUCGUCCAAGUUAUGCUAGCAGUCGCCGAUUGUUUUUGAAGUAUCAAAAUAAGAGAUGCAUUAACCAAGUUGUUGGAAUAAAUUCUAUUGGAGGGAUGCCCAGCUUAAUAGCAAAAUACUUAAAAUUACCAAAUUCUGAUGCUUACACAGGUCACUGUUUUCGGAGAACCUCGGCCACACUUCUUGCUAAUGCUGGGGGUGAUAUAUGUAGUUUGAAGAGACACGGGGUAUGGAAAUCUUCCACCGUGGCCGAAGGAUACGUGGAAUAUUCUGUCAAUAAUAAGAUUGAAAUAUCAAAUAAAAUUUUAGAUUGCGAAAUUUCAGGAUCACAUGGUAUCACCUCUACCUCAAAAAUUAGUAGUGUUUCAACCCCCAAAACCCCAAUAUCCCGAGCUGAACCUGAAUUAUCUGGUUUAGGAAUAAAUAUUGGAACAGCCGAGGCGACUGCGAUCGAGUUAGCCAGUAUAGCAGAGGAAGUUACCGAGAAUAUGAAAACGGCAGAACACGUUAUGAAAUUCAUGAGCCCGAUAUAA